UGCCCGCCCAAGCCAACCUAACAUUUGAGCUGCAUAAUUCAUUGUGACUGUUAAUGUAAGAGAAGUUUAUAGCAACUUAGUGCAAAUUUGCAGUACAGAACAAUAUAUAAUUUUAUAUGCUCUGUUGUAUUGUAAGCAGAAAAGUUAGUCCUGCUGUUAAAGUUCAUUUGUGUGUAGAGUAACAGCCAGCAGCAUCAGCUAAUAUAGCCAGCUAAGCACAGGUCAUUACAGGGUCAAUCUGAGUACUCUAGUCACCUGACAGUCUAGUCCAAUCAGAACCCAGCCUCACUCUGGGAGCUCUAGAACCUAGCCAGACAGCCAGCAGCCAUCUUAGAGACAGAAUCUUCAGAGAGUAUGUCAGAGUAAAGAAACUGCCCGUAAGAUCCUAUGAGGCGAAAAUAGUUCUACCACUUUCUACCACAUUCUACCGCAUUCUAUGCGCACUUACUGCACGUAUAUCGCAACAAUAUUAAUAAAACUGAUCAUCUUUGUUCCUGAUUCCCUAUCCUGAUGAUGUUACCAAUAAAGAAAGUUAUUUUUGUACCAGUGGUAUGUUCUUAAAGUCUUUCAAGGAUCCGAGGACAGUUACAGUAGAACUAUUCCCCUCUGAGGAGGCGAGAAGACGCACCUCAUCAGAGCUACAGCAGAAGUCAUAUCAAGUGUGCCUCAGAGUGUAAUUUCAAGCCCUUAAAGAGACAGUGCACUAAAAAGUUAAACAGCACUGUAAAGCUAACCUGCCCUUUCUGUGGCCAAAGAGUUGACAAAAUACCACAGAAGAAGUACAAAUAGAGCCCAGUAUUGCACCCAAGUAGAUGUAUGCCUUUCCUGCGGCCUUCAGAGUCAGAGCAUUGCCACAGCGAGAGCGCACAUAUCGACAAGUGUGUUACCGACCAGAGUGAAACAACCACAUGCUGCAAUUCACCUAGAGACAUCGCACACAAGCAGAGCAACAAUCCUGAAUGCUGCAUCUCGGCUAGUAAAGUCACAGACAGCAUUCGGAAAGUAACUCAAGCAAGCCACAGACAUUCACAGCUGCAUCUCUGCAAGUAAACACACAGACCGUCAGCAUCCUGUAAGCAACUGCAAGCAAGCCAAAGUCCCUUACCUUGCAUCUACUUCUGCAAAGACUGAUCCUGAGUGAUUCCUAAAUUCUAUAGAGAGACGCUUAAUUUGAAUCAGCAAGCCAAGUCACUGUAUCCUGCUCUUCACAUUAAGGUCAAGGUAUCCUGUUUAUUCCUUAUUGAUGGUCAUGUGCUGACUUUGACACAUUAAGAGGUAUUGACUAAAAGGUAAUAAGAACUUUGAAAGAAUCCAGAGAUAUUUGCAUUAUAGGGACUUUAUGUGAAUUUGAAUAAAGUUAUUUAUUCCUUUGUGUUUAACCUUAACUCUUUCAGGUCAAAAUGUCUGUUUAUAGUGAUUCAAUGCCAUUGAUAGAGGGGGAAGUGUUAAAUAGUGAGAGAUAUUCCCUACAGCAGAAAGUAUUAGAGUUGAGGGAAACCUUAAAGUCAGAGAUAAAUCCUGAAGAGAUAGAAAGGAUAAAUUGUGACAUAAAAGAGUACCUGUCUAAGAUAGAGAAAUUAGAAGCUGAGCUUAGGGAGUCUCAAGCAGUCUCAGAGCAGAUAAGCCAGUUGAGACAGUCAUCUCGUGAGAGAAGACCUACCCCAAAAAUGCUAGAAUAUAUGCAACAAGAGGCUGCACACAGAGAAAGGAAAUUCAACCAAAUGUACAUAAAAUGGAAAACGCACACUAAUGAGGUUCGCAUGAAGCUAAAACAAGAGUGUACAGAGGAUGAAUUAUCCAACAUGAUGGAUGCUGUAGAGAAACACGAGUUAGAUAUGAAGACAACAUAUGAGGAGCUAAGGUCUCACACAGUACCCUCCCAGGACAUUAAAAGGAAGAUCGAUACAUGCACUGCAAUAACAGCAGAUUUAUUAGGGCUUAUGAGAAUACGAUCAAUUGAAAACGACUUUGACGCAGAGACAGAGAGAACAAGGCUACUAGAACUUUAUAAAAGGGAUUAUGCAAAGUCCGUAUAUGGGUCCACAGUUUCAAGAGUAGCAUCUUCUAGCAAACAUUCUAGCCACUUAUCUAAGUGCACCAGUACCUCAGCCAAAAGAGUAGAAGCAUCUGCACAACUUGCCGCUAAAAGAGCUGAGAUUGAGAUGGAAGCUGUUAUCGAAGCACAACGUCAACAAUUAAAAAAGUUGAAAAACCAAAGAGACAUCGAGGUCAUAGAAGCUAAACUUAAAGUAUAUGCUGAAGAGGAAAUAAAAGAAAAUGGUGAUAGAUCCAGAGCAGUACUUCCCGAGAGAACAGAUCCCUGUCCUUCUAUCCCCACUAGUCAUCAUAGUGACCAAGGAAAUGUUGCAGCUAUUGCCCAAGCAAUACAUGAGACAAUGGUUCUUACAAGACUUCCAACUCCUGAACCAACUGUAUUUUCAGGAGACCCAUUGAAGUUCAUAGAGUGGAGUACAAGCUUUGAAGCACUUAUUGCACGUCGCUGCUCCAAUCCAGCAGACAAGUUGUUCUACCUACAGAAGUAUGUUAGUGGAGAAGCCAAGAGUGCUCUUGAAGGUAGCUUCUACAGGAAGGAUGAAGAAGCCUUUAAACAAGCAUGGGAGAAGCUGAACACACGGUAUGGUCAUCCCUUUGUAGUACAGCGAGCCUUUAGAGAAAGACUUAACAGUUGGCCAAAGAUAGGCUCUAAAGAGUAUGUUAGGCUUAGAGAGUAUGGUGACUUCCUGCAAGCAUGUAGCAACGCCAUUCCUCACAUAAAGGGUUUGCAAGUACUGAAUGACUGUGAAGAAAAUCAGAAAAUGUUACUUAAGCUGCCUGAUUGGGUGACCUCAAGAUGGAAUCGUCAUGUAACUAAACAGUUAGACCAAGGAAAGGAGUAUACCAGUUUUGAAGAGUUCUCUUCAUUUGUCAAUUCAGAAGCACGUAUAGCAUGCAAUCCAGUGUCAUCUCUCCACAUUCUGAAACCUUUGGAAGGAAAGCCAACGAGAGAAAUAAAACGUGCAAAGGUCACUUCAUUUGCAGUCGAUACAAUGACUAAAGACCAUGAUACCAAUGAGAGUAAGCCUAAGGUCAUUGAUGUACUGAAUAGAGAGAAAGCACGGACAGAGAGUCACACACCUCUUCAAUGCAUGUUCUGUGGAGAGAACCACUCCAUCUACAAAUGUCAACAAAUGAAGGAAAGGUCGGUAGAGGAGAAGAAAAGAUUCAUACUGGAUAACCAACUCUGUUUUGGUUGCCUAAGAAAGGGACACAGUGCCAAGGACUGUAAAAGAGCCACCUGUGGCAUUUGUAAAGGACGUCACCCAACCCCAUUACAUGAGGAUCGCCCAAAAAGGGAUAGAGCUUCAACACACAGUACACUCAUUGAGGGAGAAAUCAUAUCCACACUAUCUUGCUGUAUGGUUAAAAGUGAGAGUAAGAAUACGUCAAUGAUCAUCCCAGUGUGUAUCUCAUCUCCAGGAACAGAAGGCAAGGAGGUACUUGCUUAUGCAUUACUAGACACACAAAGCAGUAACACAUUUAUUGACCAAGAGGUCUGUGAGAAAUUGCAAGUGGCAAUGGAGCCAGUGAAGCUUAAGCUCUCAACGAUUAUGGGAAAAGACUCAUUGGAAGAUAGUCAAAGAGUCACAGGAGUAAAAGUCAAGGGACUUUGCUCAGAUGUCACCAUAGAUCUACCUCCGGUCUAUACAAGAGACUUCAUACCCCUUGAUCGUGAACACAUACCUACCUGUGAAACAGCCAAAAAGUGGAAGCACCUAUCAGUCAUCUCUCAUGAAAUACCCCCUCUGAAGGAGUACCGUGUGGGGCUCCUGAUAGGUUAUGACUGUUCUAAAGCACUGAUGCCACGACAAAUAAUAACAGGAGGUGAUGAUGAACCAUAUGCGAUCAAAACUGAUUUGGGAUGGAGCAUUAUUGGAGGACCACAACAGGCUGCAAGCUCAAGACAAGUAACCGGGUUAUGUCAUCGCAUAUCUGUCAAGACGUCACUAACCCCAAGUCCUGCUGCAGUGAUCAAGAUUCUUGAGUCCGACUUUGCAGACACCAGCUCAAAGGAAAAGAGUAUAUCUCAAGAAGACAUAACUUUCCUACACAUCUUGGAAGGAGGCAUUCAGCAAAACCAACAAGGCCAUCUAGAGAUGCCCUUACCUUUCAAAAAACGCCCUGACCUUCCAUACAACAGGAAUCUUGCCUUAGUACGACUAAGACGUUUAGAGAGGAAGCUGGGAAGAGAGCCAAAGUUCAAAGGCGACUAUUCCAAGUUUAUGGAAGGCAUCAUACAAGACGGAGAUGCAGAAAGAGCCGACCAUCAACCAGACCCGGGGAAGGUUUGGUACAUUCCACAUCAAGGUGUCUAUCACUUGAAGAAACCAGACAAGAUAAGAGUGGUGUUUGACUGCUCAGCAAGGUAUGAUGGUGUUGCAUUGAACGAUUAUCUGUUAACGGGACCAGACCUCACAAAUAUGCUGUCUGGUGUUCUCAGUAGAUUUCGGAAAUACCCCAUUGCUGUCAUGUGUGACAUUGAAAAGAUGUUCCACAGGUUUCAUGUGAAAGAGGAAGAUAGAGAUUUCCUGAGGUUCCUAUGGUGGGAGAAUGGAAACACUAAUACAGAGCCUGUAGAAUAUCGCAUGAAGGUUCAUCUGUUUGGAGCAGCAUCAUCCCCAGGUUGUGCCAAUUACGGUAUGAAACACCUUGCCAAUCAAAAUGAAGGAAACUAUCCAUCAGCAGCAAACUUCAUUAAGAAAAACUUUUAUGUUGACGAUGGACUUGUAAGCCUGCAAUCAGCUGACUCAGCAAUCAAAUUAGUGAAAGAAACUCAAGAGUUGUGCGCAAAGGGAAAUCUGCGCCUUCACAAGUUCAUCUCAAACAGCAGAGAAGUGUUGGAAUCCAUUUGUGAAUCUGAACGUGCAUCAGCAAUGGAAAACGUAGACCUCAACUACGAUGAUCUUCCAGUCCAGAAUGCACUUGGCCUGAGAUGGGAUGUUGAAAAUGAUGAGUUCUUCUUUAAGGUCUCUAUUGAAGAGAAACCAGCAACAAGACGCAAUAUUCUCUCCACGGUAGCUUCUGUGUAUGAUCCAUUGGGUUUCUUAGCCCCAGUAAUCCUCAGAGGAAAAGGAAUACUCCAAGAGCUGUGCAGACAGAAGCUAGGUUGGGAUGACUCUAUGCCAGAAGAACUGAGGCCAAGGUGGGAGAGUUGGAUCAAGGAUUUACAACAUCUGCACGGAGUCAGAAUACCAAGGGGCUUUGCACCCCACGAUUUUGGAAAGUAUGAGAGAAUUGAACUGCAUCACUUCUCAGAUGCUAGUAGUUACGGUUAUGGCCAAUGUUCCUACAUCAGGGUGAUAAGAGAUGAAAAGGUACAUUGCUCCCUUGUCAUGGCCAAGACCAGAGUUGCACCUACCAAUGUCCUCACAAUACCAAGACUGGAACUAUCAGCUGCCGUAGUUUCUGCUUCAGUGAGCAAGUUCCUGAGAGACGAAUUAGAGUUCAAGGUAGAUGAAGAGUACUUUUGGACAGAUUCACAGGUGGUUCUAGGCUACAUAAAUAAUGAAGCUCGAAGAUUUCAUGUCUUUGUGGCGAACAGAGUUCAAAGAAUUCGAGAAAUUACUGAUCCAGACCAGUGGUACUACAUUGAGUCAGAAAGGAAUCCAGCUGAUCAUGCUUCAAGAGGUCUUAAAGUUUCAGAAAUGAAGGACUCAAAUUGGUUUACAGGCCCAAAGUUCCUAUGGGAAAGGGAAAUAGUACCCAUCAAAAAUUGCCUAGAGCUAUCAAUGUGUGAUCCUGAAGUGAAGGUCAUUCAAGCCUUAAACACAACAACCAAGUGCCAGGACGAUAUGCUCGAAAGACUAUCACGAUUCUCCAAUUGGACUACAGUAGUAAAUGUAGUUGCUCGAAUUCAGCGUCUGGCAAGACGAACUAGGAAGUUUGAACCCUUGAACGUUGAAGAAAGAAUGAGAGCUGAGGAUACAGUUAUAAAACUCAUUCAUCAGAAAUUUUACAAAGAAGAAUUAAAGAUGCUCAGUCAAGAACCUGGAAGGAUCCCCAACAACCACCCUUUGCAUCAACUUAAUCUUAUCCUACAGGAUGGUAUAAUAAGAGUGGGAGGAAGAUUGGAAAAUGCACCUUUAUCUUUCAGAGUGAAGCAUCCAGCGAUUCUUCCCAAGGAUUCUACCCUUACAAGCCUGAUAAUUGAUCAUCAUCACACAAGGUCCUCACAUCAAGGCAGAGGUCUAACCUUGAGCUACUUGAGAGAUGGUGGUUACUGGAUUGUGAAUGGCAGUAAAACUGUAGCUAAACACAUAAAACAGUGUGUACUGUGUCGGAAGACUCGAAGGCCGACAGAAGACCAAAGAAUGGCAAAUUUACCCAUGGAUCGUGUAGAACCAUCGCCUCCCUUCUCUUAUUGUGGCAUGGAUUGUUUUGGUCCAUUCUACACCAAGCAAGAUCGUAAGGAGCACAAAAGAUAUGGUCUACUUUUCACGUGUCUAAGCUCCAGAGCAAUCCACAUAGAGAUGUUGGAGAAUAUGUCAACUGAUGUGUUCAUCAAUGCUCUUCGAUGCUUCAUAGCCAUUAGAGGCACCGUAAGAGAAAUCAGAUCUGACCAAGGUUCUAACUUUGUUGGAGCUAAGAAUGAGUUGAGAAAGGCUUUAGAAGAAGUAGACAAAGAAAGGAUAACCAUGUUUCUGGCAGAGAGACAAUGUGACUUUCACAUGAAUGUUCCAGAUGCAAGCCAUACGGGAGGUGUUUGGGAGCGUCAGAUAAGAACCGCAAGGAAUGUUCUGAGUUCAGUACUAAAGCAGAGUGCUGGAAGAAUAGAUGAUGCUUCUCUGAGGACUGUAUUUUAUGAAGCUAUGUCCAUUGUGAACAGUCGUCCAUUGACAGUUGAUAAUAUCAAUGACCCAACAAGUUUAGAUCCUCUGACUCCAAAUCAUCUGCUUCACCUAAAGUCCACUCCCAUACAGCCACCACCCGGCAAGUUCCUCGAGGAAGAUUUGUAUGCCAGAAAGAGAUGGCGACGUGUGCAAUAUCUGACCGAACAAUUUUGGAACAGAUGGAGGAGGGAGUACCUAGCUAAUCUCACUCUCAGACAAAAAUGGCAUACUCCUAGGAGAAAUGUUCAAAUAAACGACAUAGUGAUCGUUAAAGAAGAGGACAUACCCAGAAAUCGAUGGAGAAUUGCUAAAGUUCUUGAAGUUCAGAAAGACAAUGACGGAUUGGUAAGAAGAGUGAAAUUACAGAUGGGAGAUUCCAAAUUAAGUAAGAGAGGAGAACGUCUCACUACUCCACUCAUCCUAGAACGUCCUAUCCAAAAACUGGUUGUUCUUAUCGAGAAUAAUAAUAAUAAGUAAAAUUCCCUUAAUCUAUGCAAACCAACUCAACAACGAAUGCAUAAAUUAAAGGUAAUUUGGUGGGAGUGUAGCUGCCCGCCCAAGCCAACCUAACAUUUGAGCUGCAUAAUUCAUUGUGACUGUUAAUGUAAGAGAAGUUUAUAGCAACUUAGUGCAAAUUUGCAGUACAGAACAAUAUAUAAUUUUAUAUGCUCUGUUGUAUUGUAAGCAGAAAAGUUAGUCCUGCUGUUAAAGUUCAUUUGUGUGUAGAGUAACAGCCAGCAGCAUCAGCUAAUAUAGCCAGCUAAGCACAGGUCAUUACAGGGUCAAUCUGAGUACUCUAGUCACCUGACAGUCUAGUCCAAUCAGAACCCAGCCUCACUCUGGGAGCUCUAGAACCUAGCCAGACAGCCAGCAGCCAUCUUAGAGACAGAAUCUUCAGAGAGUAUGUCAGAGUAAAGAAACUGCCCGUAAGAUCCUAUGAGGCGAAAAUAGUUCUACCACUUUCUACCACAUUCUACCGCAUUCUAUGCGCACUUACUGCACGUAUAUCGCAACAAUAUUAAUAAAACUGAUCAUCUUUGUUCCUGAUUCCCUAUCCUGAUGAUGUUACCAAUAAAGAAAGUUAUUUUUGUA